CGUUUAUCAACAGCGCCGCCAGAAUGCCCUCUCUAGCCUACGACUGACGUCAACUAUUUGGUCCGUGGACAUAAUAUUUGGACUUUACCAAUACAUAAUCACAUACUACAUCAUAGCAAUUCUAACAACCUGAAUUUAGGCGCAACAUGCCAUCUCUACAGGACUGUUUGGAAUCCGGACUGGACUUCGUUGAAUUCCUGGGAAAGAGAACAUCGAAAACGAAUAAGAAGGAACUUCGUGACAUUUAUAACUUGGAAUUUAAAAACAGAGAUGGCUAUAUAUACCCUAACUUCUCCACCGUUAUCUAUGCCCUUCAAAAAUUCAACAAAGCCUACAUCAAGAAGGGGAAAUUACACAUAAACGUCGAAUCUCAGGUUCGGGUUUACUAUGGGGACCAGUGGAGGAGGCCACGGGGAGGCCAGAAGGGGAGCCCAGGGACAGCCACACCCCAUGUGGCUGGAGGGGCAAGGAGCUCCACCCCAUCCCCUGGCUCCUACCCCGCCCACCACCCAGACACCUUGCUGCUGACUCCCAAGAAGCGGCUGGCUAAAGAGGUCCUCAACACACUAAAGAUGAACAGGAAGGAGCUGACCUCUGACAAGGGGGGGAUAGUGAUGACCUCAGAUCCCGCGGUGACCGAAGGCAAGAUCCACGUCAGCGUGGGCCGCCUGGGGCAGCUGUUUGCGGUGAAGUUCCACAUCCUGAACGAGGGGAAGGGCAGUGUCCAAUUCACCCUCUAUACCGCCUUGCAUCGCAUGAGCUGUUUCACCCUGCUGGACGAGAGGAGGGUGACCCGGACCAGCCCUCUGCUCCUCAGCCCUGGAGAGAGCUACAAGGUGGAGGUGCAGUACCGCCUGCAUCAUUACGGACACUUCCCUGCCACCAUGUACUUUGAGUUCUUCCCCGACCGGCCCGGGUCCAAACCCUUCUGCAUCCUCAGGGAGAUGGAGGCCUGGGCCCGGGGCGCGCUGGGGGUGGAGCUGGGGCCCGUGGAGCCCUACCGGCCCUACCAGGUAGCCAUCCGCAGGCCAGUCAACACGGUGAUCGUGGAGGGGGAACGCCCUGAGAGUUCUGUGGUCCAUCGUCUCAGACCGACCGUGAAACUUGGAGACUAUAUUUAUCCUCUUUACCUGAAGGACUUGUCCCGGCAGAAUAUGGAGGAUUCAGAGUACUUGUCAAAUGCAGCCAGACAGAAACUGCCAUCUGUCAGAGCCCUCCUCUUCUGUCCCCUGAGGAUGAAGAACUACUCCCAGCGCUUCCACCUGCUGCUGCACCUAGAGGAGAUCCAGAUGGAGGUGGACAUCAGGAGGUAUGACCUGCGUGGUCAGACCAUGACUCAGGAUCACACAAACAAGAAGCUGCUGAUCCUCCGGGUGCCUGGUGUGGCUGAGAAUAGGCCGUCUGUCCUCCGAGGAGACUGCCUGAAGGUGUCUCGGGCGGAGGAAAAGGUCCAGCCAAUCACCGUCUACACAGGCUACGUCUACAGAGUACAGCUGGACAGAGUUAAAAUGGGAUUUUCUAAGAGACUUCUGCAGUUUUUCCUCAGUAACAUGAAGUUCGACGUGGAGUUCACCCUCAACCGCUAUCCCCUGAAGCUCCAGCACCGGGCCGUGGACCUGGCGACCCUACACCGACUGGAUGACCUGCUCUUCCCCAGGGCCUCGGCCAGCACAGAGACCCCCCUGCCCAAACUCAGGAUGUUUAACCGCCAGCUGGAGGACAACCCCGAGCAGUAUGCUGUGAUCCAGCGCAUCGUGGCCGGAGCCUCCAAGCCUGCCCCCUACCUUGUCUUCGGACCACCAGGCACCGGCAAGACCAUCACCCUGGUGGAAGCCAUGACCCAGGUGGACCGGGCCGACCCCAAGGCCCACAUCCUGGCCUGCGCUCCGUCCAACAGCGCCGCAGACCUGCUGUGCGAACGCCUGCUGGGGCACCUGGACCCUCACCGGGUCCACCGGCUGUACGCCAGCAGCCGUGCCCCCGGUACCGUACCCAAACACCUGCUGAGGCACUGCAACUGGGACGCCACCCAGGACUGCUUUGUGCUCCCGGCCAAGAAGGUCCUGAUGCAGUACAAGGUCCUAGUGACCACCCUGGUGACAGCUGGAAGGCUGGUGUCUGGAGGGGUUCCUGCUGGUCACUUCUCCCACGUGUUCGUGGACGAGGCAGGCCAGGCCGUGGAGCCCGAGUGUGUCAUCGCAGUCGCAGGUCUGCUCCGGGCAAGGGGGGGUCAGCUGGUUCUGGCUGGUGACCCUCAGCAGUUGGGCCCUAUCCUCCGCUCGCCCCUCGCUCUCCAGCACGGACUGGGCUUGUCUCUACUAGAGAGGCUAAUGAAGCACAACUCUUUGUACCAGAAGACUGGAGAGCUGGGACACUACAACAGCCGCUUCGUCACCAAGCUACUCCGUAACUACAGGUCCCACCCUGCCAUUUUGAAAAUACCCAAUCAGCUCUUCUAUGACAACGAACUACAGGUGUUUGCAGACCAAUGGGAGCGCGACACGUAUCGCAACUGGGAAUACCUGCCUAAGAAGGGCUUCCCAGUAAUUUUCCACGGCGUGAUGGGGAAGGACGAGAGAGAAGCCAACAGCCCUUCCUUCUUCAACGUUUCGGAGAUUGAGGUGCUAGUGGACUACCUCACCAAGCUCAUGCAGACUCAGGGCAAGAAGGGCCUGCCCAAACUGUCACCCAGAGACAUCGGCAUCAUCGCCCCCUACAGGAAGCAGGUAGAGAAAAUUCAGAAGGCUCUGAAGUCAGUGAAGGAACUGAACCAGUGGAACGACAUCCAGGAGCUGAAGGUGGGCUCUGUGGAGGAGUUCCAGGGCCAGGAGAGGAAGAUCGUCAUGGUUACCACAGUCCGCAGUAGCAUCAACUACGUCAAGAUGGACCAAGAUUUCAACAUCGGCUUCCUUGCUAACGAGAAGAGGUUUAAUGUGGCUAUGACCCGUGCCAAGGCCCUGCUGAUUGUGGUGGGAAACCCCGUUAUCCUCAACAAGGACCCUACCUGGGAGAGGUUUAUCAGGUACUGUGUGGAUAACGAGGGGUACACAGGGUUCAACCACGCGGACGCUGAGGGGGAGGACGAUGUGGUCUCACGCCUGGCGUCCCUGAAGAUCCACGUGCAGUCUGAGAGUGAGCAGCCAGCCUGUGAUGGUUAGCAUCCAGCCUGCUAACACUGUGAGUCAGAUGAGAGCCGCUUGCAGCAGUUCAUCAAUCCAGAAUGGAGGGAUGAACACUAGCCUCCUGGUGACAUCACAAAGUGACACCAGAGUGAGAGCAUCAUUGUGUUUGCUGUGGGCAACAGAGGUCACUUUUCCACCUGCUUGCUUCGCAACAGAAGACUGUUGAUGAACUCUGACCCCAGCAAGCAGUUAACUAAACUGCCACCAGCGAUGGAACUAUCUGAAAUAUGUCAGAAGCCUUUUUAAUGAGAUGUUCUCCAACAGGCCACACCACAAUAUCCUGUUACUCGAAUAGAUAAUCUAUUUUCUAUCAAAUAAGUUUUGAUGUAGUUUUGGGGUUUAUGAGAUUUUUUGCCAGUUUUUUUUUUUUUUAAGAUUGAGACCAUAUAAUGCAGCAACAUGUAUGUGAACAUCUGACAUGUAGGACUUUUACGCACAGAUUUCUCAGGAAUACGACUAUCUUUGCCUUAUCUUUCAUAAUAAAGAAUAUUUACUCCUUAUUCCAGUACAUGCACUGAAUAUGUUUGUCCAACAACCUCCUUUGGGCUGAAGCAAUGACUCCUACUUCUGGGUCAGCACACUCUGACAGCAUCGUGCUGGGUGUGCACUAUGACACCAUCAUGUUUUUCAGACUCAUAUAAAUCGAUCUUGUGGAAAGGUAAGUUGUUGAUGUUGAUGAACAGGAAAAUAAGCAAUAAACAUUUGGAUGUGAACAUGUGUUGGAAUCACUGGAUGUUUGUAGCUCAGUGGUAGAGUAUUUCACAGCAGACCAAGAAAUCACAGGUUCAAAUCCCCCCUCCCCUUUUAGGUAUGCUAAAUUAAUACAUUGUUAUAAUAUUUGUAAAGGCCUACAUAUGAUAAAGAAAUGAUGACAUAUUGAUUUGUUAUCAUGUUUUUUAUUCCAAUUCAUCAGUCAUUUAUUUGCUGGAGUUGUACUCAGUUCUAAGUACGCGGCAACACAAUGUAACAGCGAAACUCUGUCUAAUGAAGGCAUAAAAGUGAAGCAUCCUCUUAGCUGUGCCUUUAAUAAAAAAAAAACUGUUAAAGAUGCAUUCAUGAAUCAUGAAGAUAUAUAUCAAAAAAAUAUAUUAAUACAUUAGCAAUUCAAUAGUAUUGCUGGUGAAAUGACAAGGUCCAGUAGCUUUGACUUACUGAUUCAUACUACAUACAGCAGUUUGUACGCUUUGAAGAAACCAAUGUAUACCUAUAAGAAACCAAAAGGUAGGCAUUUCUACAAUAGUUGAAUAUAUGAUUAUAAUACGGCACUUGCACAUACAUCUUAGAUUUUAUUCUAUUUUAGCUAACAUAAGCUUCACACUAGGUAAACACGCUAUACAUCUGAAAUUACAGCAUAUACUGUAUUGCACACUGUUUAUACAAGCAUCCACACAAAUAGGACCAACGAUUAGAAUAUUAAGUUACAUAACACUGACAAUGACAGUACAAAUGAAAUGUAAAAAAAAAAAAAAAAAAGGACGG